AUGAGUGCCCUCAUAUUAAUUGCUCUAUGCCUUUUUAUCGUAUACAAAUUAUUCUCACGAAAAACAAUAAAAUGGGCGAAAAAGAACAAGUAUGGUGAGGAUAAAGUUGAAGAACUAAAGCAAGCCCCGGGACCGACACCGUUACCCAUUAUAGGAAGCAUGCAUCUGCUAGGCAACAAUGAAUCUCCAUUUCAAUCUUUCACUAAAUUAUCUAAAAUCUACGGAGAUAUCUACAGCAUCACGCUUGGCUCCGCACAGUGUUUAGUUGUCAACAAUUUAGAACUGAUAAGGGAAGUCUUGAACCAAAAUGGCAAAUUUUUCGGCGGACGUCCAGACUUUUUGAGAUUCCACAAACUUUUUGCCGGCGAUAGAAAUAAUUCUUUGGCGCUGUGUGAUUGGUCGAAUCUUCAGCUUCGUCGUAGAAACCUCGCACGCCGUCACUGUGGACCAAAACAGCACACUGAUAACUUCUCAAGAAUAGGGACUGUUGCCACAUUCGAAUCUAUCGAGCUGAUCCAAACCCUAAAACAGGUGACCAGGUCAUCCACCAACAGCAUCAAUUUAAAACCACUCCUGAUGUCCACAGCAAUGAACAUGUUCUCCAACUACAUGUGUAACGUCAGGUUUGAUGCAGAAACUGAUGUGGAAUUCAGAAAAAUUGUAGAUCACUUCGACGAGAUUUUUUGGGAAAUCAAUCAAGGUUAUGCUGUCGAUUUUCUGCCUUGGUUGGCUCCGUUUUACAAGAAACAUAUGGAUAAGUUAUCAAACUGGUCUCAAGAUAUCCGCUCUUUCAUUCUAUCUAGAAUUGUUGAGCAGAGGGAGACUAGUUUAGACAUGGAAGGUCCUGAAAAGGAUUUCCUGGAUGGUUUGUUGAGAGUGCUACGUGAUGAUCCAGAUGUAGAUAGAAACACUAUAAUUUUCAUGUUGGAAGAUUUUCUAGGAGGUCAUUCGUCUGUUGGAAACUUAGUGAUGCUCUGUCUUACAGCAGUUGCCAGAGAUCCAGAAGUAGCUAAGAAAAUCCAAGCGGAAAUUGAUGGUGUAACUAAAGGAAAGCGAGCUAUCACUUUAUCUGAUAAAAGUCUUAUGCCAUACACAGAAGCCACAGUUCUAGAAUGCCUUAGAUACGCAUCAUCCCCAAUUGUACCUCAUGUUGCGACGGAAAACGCUAACAUUGCUGGUUAUGGCGUCGAAAAAGGAACGAUCGUAUUCAUAAAUAACUAUGAAUUGAACACUUCAUCGAAAUAUUGGGAUGAGCCUGAGAAGUUUGAUCCAUCCAGGUUCUUAGAAAAAUCGAAAAGUCGGGCGAGACGCAGCUCCCAAUGCGAUUCAGGCAUGGAAUCGGAUGGGGAAAGAUCUGGACCUAUAAACAAAGUGGCAGAAGUAGAGAAAGAAGUAGUCACUGUAAAGAAGAAUAUCCCACACUUCUUACCUUUUAGCAUCGGUAAAAGAACAUGUGUAGGCCAGACCUUAGUGACAACUAUGAGUUUUGUUAUGUUUGCAAGUAUUGUCCAAGAAUUUGAUAUCGCAGCAGUAAACAAAGCAGAUUUGAGGCAAAUGCCAGCAUGUGUGGCCUUGCCAAAGGACACUUAUGAAUUAUAUCUCUUGCCUAGAAAACAU